CAAAUUUUUAUAUGGCAUGAGCUUUCCUUUUUUUAUCUGAUGUGACUGAGUUUACUGAGUGGAGACUAGAGUUGCUAACGAGUUAACAGUCUGCUCCCAAGUUGUCCAAUGGAGAGAGAAGGGUACAGUCAUAGAGGAAGAGGUGGCCGUGGAAGAGGAGGUAGUGGCGGUGUUGGCAAGGGGCAACAAUGGAUACCAACAACCCAGGGUAGAGGUGGGGCCCAGGGUAGAGGUGGGACCCAGGGUAGAGGUGGUUCGGCGUGGCUCACAAGAGGUGCCUCUAGUAGUGGUGGUGGUGGUGUUGGCGGUGAAAGGGGAGGAUCGACCUCAACUAGGGGAAGGGGGCCCACGACUCCUGCUCCACCUCACACUGUUCCUCGGAGAUCUGAUGUCCCUGAAUCAGAACCUACUCUCUCUGGUACCAGCAUUCGACCUGUGAAUAUUUCAGAACAUUUGGCUUCUCCUUCUUCUCCUUCGGAUACUACCACUAGGGUUGUCCCAGUUAAACGGCCAGAUAAAGGUGGCACACUGGCCAUCCGAACUGCUAGCCUUCGUGUAAAUCAUUUCCCUGUCAGGUUCAAUCCUGAGAGUAUCAUAAGGCAUUAUGAUAUUGAUGUUAAACCAGUUGUGCCACCCAAGAAUGGUCGUGCUGUGAAAAUAUCAAAGUCUGAUUUGGCAGUGAUCAGGAAUAAGUUAUUCACUGAUGAUUCCUCUCAGUUUCCCUUGUCCAUGACUGCCUAUGAUGGUGAGAAAAACAUUUUCAGUGCUGUUCCUUUGCCCACCGGAAAGAUUAAGGUGGAGUUCUCUGAGGGGGAAGACAUGAAGGAUCGUGCUUACACAUUUAAUAUAAAGCUUGUGAAUGAACUUAAGCUUUGCAAGUUGAAGGAUUACUUAACUGGGAAACUGUUUUCAAUCCCUCGUGACAUAUUGCAAGGGAUGGAUGUUGUAAUGAAGGAGAACCCAGCGAGGCAUAUGGUUUCUGUUGGCCGCAGCUUUCAUUCAACUGAAGCUUACAAAGAAGAUCUUGGAUUUGGUAUCACAGCGUCCAGAGGUUUUCAGCAUAGCCUCAAGCCCACCUUCCAGGGUCUAGCCAUGUGCUUGGACUAUUCUGUACUGGCAUUUCGCAAGCGACUUCCAGUGAUAGAUUUUCUUAGAGAGCAUGUUCCUGGGUUUAACUUAAAUGAUUUCAGAAGCUGUGGAAGAGAUGUUGAGAAUGCAUUGAAGGGACUGAAAGUUACAGUGACUCACCGCAUUACCAAACAAAAGUAUACUAUUGCUGGACUUACAAAGGAUAAUGCACGUUAUCUUUCAUUUUUUUCUGAAGACCCAAAUAGCAAAGCUCCACCAAGGAAAGUUAUUCUUGUUGAAUAUUUCAGGCAAAAGUACCAGGAUAUACAAUUCAAAGACAUUCCUUGUCUUGAUUUAGGCACAAACAACCGAAAAAAUUAUGUACCAAUGGAGUUCUGUGUCCUGGUUGAGGGUCAGAUUUAUCCAAAGGAGAAUUUGAAUCGAGAUGUGGGCCUCUAUUUGAAGAAGAUAUCCUUGGCAACUCCAAGGGACAGGCAGAGGAUAAUAUGUGAUAUGGUAGCUGAUAGAGAUGGGCCUUGUGGUGGAAACAUAAUCCAGAAUUUUGGAAUGGAAGUUGACAUGGAUAUGACUUCAGUGCUAGGGCGUGUGAUUGGGCCACCGGAGUUGAAGCUAAGUGCUUCCAAUGGAAGGGUGAUAAAAAUUGCUGUUGACAAGGAAAAGUGCCACUGGAAUCUUGUUGGAAAAGGAGUGGUCGAAGGGAAACCAAUUGAUCGGUGGGUUGUGAUUGACUUUAGUUCCUCUGAACGUGGUCGUUACAAAUUAAGGCCAGAGCAAUUCAUUCCAAAGCUUAGAGCUCGGUGUGAGAAUCUGGGAAUCUCUAUGAAAGAGCCUCUCUUUUGUCAUCCUGCUAAUAUGCAUAAAUUCUCAAGUGCUGAUUUGCUUCGUGAUCUUCUUGAAGUUGUUAAUGAUCGUGCUUAUAAGAUUUGCAGGGGCCAGUUGCAAAUUAUUAUUUGUGUGAUGUCUAGGAAGGAUUCUGGUUACAAGUAUCUUAAGUGGGUUUCUGAGACAAGAGUUGGUGUAGUGACUCAGUGUUGCUUGUCUGAUCAUGUCAACAAUGGGAAUGACCAGUACUUUGCUAAUCUUGCUCUGAAGAUCAAUGCAAAACUUGGAGGUAGCAAUGUCGAGCUUAUUGAUCGACUUCCAUUUUUUGAAGGUGAAGGCCAUGUUAUGUUUAUUGGGGCUGAUGUUAACCAUCCUGGCGCCCGGAACAAAACAAGUCCAUCUAUAGCUGCUGUUGUUGCUACUGUAAAUUGGCCUGCUGCAAACCGCUAUGCAGCUCGCGUUCGUCCACAGUAUCAUCGUAAGGAGAAGAUUCUGAAUUUUGGAGAUAUGUGUUUUGAGCUUGUGGAAACUUAUGUUCGGCUGAAUAGAGUCAAACCAGGGAAUAUUGUAAUAUUCCGAGAUGGUGUAAGUGAGGGCCAGUUUGAUAUGGUUCUCAAUGAAGAGUUGACAGAUCUAAGGAGAGCAUUUAAAUCAAGCAAUUAUGCCCCAACUAUUACACUUAUUGUGGCCCAAAAGCGGCACCAGACUCGUUUGUUUCCUGGAAACAGGAGUAGUGGGAGCUCAAAUGGGAAUGUGUCUCCUGGCACAGUUGUGGACACGAAAAUUGUGCAUCCAUUUGAGUUUGAUUUUUAUCUUUGUAGCCACUAUGGAAGCCUUGGGACAAGCAAGCCCACACACUAUCAUGUUCUAUGGGAUGAGCAUGGUUUCAGUUCUGACCAAUUGCAGAAGCUCAUAUACAACAUGUGCUACACAUUUGCUCGAUGCACGAAACCUGUGUCCUUGGUCCCACCAGUGUACUAUGCUGACCUUGUUGCUUACAGAGGAAGGCUGUACUAUGAGGCAAUAAUGGACGGGCAAUCUCCAGCUUCAGCAUCAUCUUCAACCUCUUCAGCAGCUACAUCAUCACUUUCAUCAGCUGCUUCGUUGGAUGAUAGGUUCUACAAAUUACAUGCUGAACUGGAAAACAUAAUGUUCUUCGUUUGAAAGGCUGUUGGUUGGCCAAUCUUCUCCUAUUCUCACAGUUGAGUUGGAGAUGGCUAGCUUUCUUUUUAUUGAAAUGCAUAUUCGCAGGUUCACUCCUUUUCUAUGCAAACCGGUACUAGUUAAGGAGUUUGUGCGUGAAUCUAAAUGGGUUACAAGCUCCUCUUUUGUUUUAAUGGCUUGUUUCUGCAAUCCGUGUUUAUUAUAGUAUGCAUUUUAGUUUGGAUUUUGAAGUUUCAGUUUGAUUUCGCUACAAGGCACUGGUUAAGGCUUUUCUGAGUUAUUAUUAUUAUUGUUAUUAUUAUUUUAUUAUCAUUUGGUAGUAUGAGAGAGUUAUUGUGUGGGAUCUAAUUAUAUUAUGCAACAUUAAUACGUUUGACUGAGAUUAUGGUUGCUGAAA